CUAGCGGCGUCAUUCUCUAUCGUUUAUCUCUGCGGGGCAACUUUUUUCUCUUUUAUCAAAAUCCCACCAUCAAAAGAAAAAAUAUAAGAAAAAGCUCGCCAUCAUGUCUGCUAUGGAUGUUGACGACGCGCCGGUAUCUAUUGCCUCCCGAUUUCAGGCACAAGAACCAAAAACUGGUGCUACUAUUCUCUGCUGCAACUGUGGCGCUCCUAUCGAUGGAACGACUUCCGCCGGUGCUCUCUGCUAUGAUUGCGUAAAACUUACCGUCGAUGUAUCGCAAGGUAUCCAAAGAGAAGCCACUGUACACUUCUGUCGAGAUUGCGAAAGAUGGUUACUCCCACCUCAAACCUGGAUCCAAGCCUCCCUCGAAUCUCGAGAACUCCUUGCCCUUUGCCUAAAGAAACUCAGAGGUUUACACAAAGUUCGAAUUAUCGAUGCAAGUUUCAUCUGGACGGAACCUCAUUCUCGAAGAAUCAAGGUCAAGCUUACUAUACAAGAUUCGGUAUCUGAAGGUGUCGUUUUGCAACAGUCAUUCGAGGUCGAAUAUGUGGUUGCCUAUCAGCAAUGUCCCGAUUGUGCGAAAUCUUAUACCGCGAAUACAUGGAGAGCUUGUGUGCAAGUUAGACAAAAGGUUCCCCACAAGAGAACCUUUUUGUACCUGGAACAAUUGAUCUUGAAGCAUGGCGCACACAAGGAUACUAUCAACAUCAAGGAAGUCAAGGAUGGUUUAGAUUUUUUCUUCGCAGCACGAAAUUCGGCCGAAAAGUUUGUCGACUUCUUGAACUCGGUUGCCCCUAUUACAGCAAAGAAGUCUCAAGAACUUAUCUCCAUGGAUAUUCACACAUCUACUAAAUCCUACAAGUUCUCCUUUUCCGUCGAGUUGGUGCCAAUUUGUAAGGAUGAUUUGGUUGCGCUUCCAAUCAAGUUAGCAAAGUCAGCUGGAAACAUUUCCCCUCUUGGUCUUUGCUACCGAAUUGGUAAUUCUAUCAAUAUCCUUGACCCACAAUCCCUUCAGACUGCGGAGAUCAGUUGCCCCAUAUACUGGCGUGCACCAUUCAAACCUUUGGCUGAUGUUCAGGAAUUGGUGGAAUUUAUCAUUAUGGACAUUGAGCCCUUGGGUCCUACAAAGGGACGAUGGGCUCUUGCUGAGGCUACCGUUGCUCGUGCAUCUGACCUCGGAUCAAAUGACAAAACCUUCUACACAAGAACACAUCUCGGAAAUGUUGUCCAUCCUGGAGACUCUGUCAUGGGAUAUAUGAUGACUGGUACUAAUUUCAACAACCCCCAAUACGACGCCCUCGAAGAAUCAAAUAACUACGCAUCGAAAAUCCCUGAUGUGAUGCUUGUCAAGAAAUUGUACGCAAGAAAGAAGAAGUCCAAGAACAGGAACUGGCGUCUCAAGCGUAUGGGUAAAGAAGAAGGAGAAGUCUUACCCAGGAAGCAAGAUCAAGAAAAAAUGGACAGAGAUUAUGAGAUGUUCUUACAGGAUGUUGAGGAAGAUCCUGAGCUCAGACAGACACUUGCUUUGUACAAGGCUCAACAGGCACAGAAGGAAGCGGAUGCUAUGAGUGUGGCCGAGACGAGUGAUGGUGAAGAUGAGACACCAAAGAUUGAUAUGAAUGAGUUACUGGACGAGUUUGAUGAACUCAACAUGAAUGACCAACAAUGAGUUUAAUGAUUCUCUGAUGGUAUUUCUCUUAUAUCCUUGGGUGGCGUUGGUUGGAAACGGCGUUUGAAUGUUGUUUGCACAACUUAAAAUGGUUACGAGGUUGGGAGGCAUGCAGGGGGAAAGAGCAUCUGGCUAAGCUCGAGGUAGUAAAGUGGCUAGAUUAAACCCUACAUGCUAGUGCAUCAUCACUCAAGAUUUAUCUUCUGGAUUGCUUAAAAUGUAUAUGAAUAUCUAGCGAAAUACAAAAUGAAUAUCCAGCAGGCUUCACC